AUGAGGAAUGAAAUAAAGGGUCUUUUCAAUGAGGAAGGGGUUUGGUGUAACAAGGAGACCGAUAUUGAAAACAUUGUUCUACAAUAUUAUGGUAAACUGUUUACUACUAGCUCUCCAGGGAAUGUGGACAUGUUCACAGCGCUCUUCGCUCCUGUGGUUUCAGACGAGAUGAACCUCGAGUUGAUUCGGGAAUUUGAGGAGGAGGAAGUUCUUAAAGCUCUGAAACAAAUGCAACCGCUCAAAGCUCCGGGUCCGGAUGGUUUCUCUCCUAUUUUUUAUCAGAGAUUCUGGCAAGUAGUGGGAAAAGAUGUGACAGCAGCGGUGAGAAGCUUCAUGAAAUCGGGGACUUCGUUAAGACAAAUUUCAGAUAACUCGCUGCUGGCUUUUGAGAUCUCUCACUUCUUGAAACGUCAAUAUGGUUCGUCUCAGCGGUUUGGGGCUUUGAAAUUGGACAUGAGUAAAGCGUACGACCGGGUGGAGUGGAAAUUUCUAGAGGAAGUCAUGAGAAGCAUGGGAUUCCACGAGGUAUGGAUUCAGUGGGUUAUGGGGUGCAUCCGAACAGUUUCAUACUCUUUUAUGCUCAACGGAGAGCCGCGGGAGAGUCAGCAGCUCAUUCAUGGAAUUUCUAUUGCCUCAAGUGCUCCACCCAUUAACCACUUAUUCUUUGCUGACGAUUCCUUUAUCUUUUUUAAAGCCGAGGGAGAGGAAUGUCAGAGGGUACAAAACAUGUUAAGAAUAUAUGAAGAAGCGAGUGGGCAGAAAGUAAGUUUUGAGAAGAGCAGUAUUGCGUUCUCAAAGAAUGUGGUCAUGGAGGAGCAGAUUGAGUUGGCUGCGGUGCUUGGGGUUGAAAGAGUUGAUAAGCAUGAGCGCUAUUUGGGGCUGCCCACCGAAGUGAGUUAUUCGAAGAGAGAGGCUUUCAACUAUGUCAUGGAGAAAACUAGGAAUAAGAUGAAAAAUUGGAAGGACAACCUCCUUAGUGCUGCCGGAAAAGAAGUUAUCAUCAAGUCGGUGGUCCAAUCAAUUGAGCGUUUUUGA